AUGAUUGCGCAAGGACCGUUUCUGGUACUGGCAAUUCUUGCCAAUUUCGCAUUUGGUAACCGAGAAAGCCUCGAUGGCUACCGACAGGUUUGCAGUGGGAUGUACUCCAAGGAAGACUGGGGUGGAAAAGUAGACCCUUUCAUUUCAUUCAAUCUUAAGGAAAUUUCGGGGGAUGAGGGUGUCAGCGUAGCCGUCCUUGAUUUUCAGGACUACGAGCACCUUGGAAUCAAGAGCGGGGAGAGAACGUUUUACAUUUGCAGCGACACGGCGAUCGAAAAAGGGCUGUGCACUGAGGAACAUAAAAAUGAGUAUCUGUUUGAGGAAAUGAUAUUUGACAGCGAGACAGGCGAAAACAAAACACUGGCUGCUUCCAUACAAACGUUUUACCAAACCGAAAGUGGUUUGCACAAUCCCAAAUAUUUUGUAAAGUCUACCGGCUAUUACUGCGUGAUCACCCAUACCGAGAACAGCAACGCUGAUUUCGAUGCGGUGGUCAACUUCAGAAAUGCUUUUGGUCAAUUACCUGCUGCUGAAAUCAAUAACCUCCCUCUUUACGGAUUGCUGGCUAUCUUCUACGUUGUGGCUAUGGCGCUCUACAGCUUCGCGUUCUGGAAGCACAAGAACGAAAUUUUACCUGUUCAAAAGUAUCUGCUGGCCUUCUUUGCAUUUUUGACUGUGGAGCAGAUUUUCAUUUGGGCCUACUAUGAUAUCAAAAACGAGAAAGGCAACACAGCAGGCACCAAGGUUUACAUGGUUUUUGUAUCCAUACUGAGUGCUGGCAAAACUUCUUUCAGCUUCUUUCUGCUGCUGGUAAUCGCUCUGGGUUACGGUGUGGUCUACCCAAAGCUGAAUAAAAAGCUCAUGAGGCGGUGCCAGAUUUUCGCGGGGCUGAAUUUUUCUUUCAGUGUCGCCUAUAUGAUUCAAAACUACCUGACCAACCCAGAGUCCGUCACAUUACUGCCUCUGAUCACACUCGUUCCCGCAGCUAUCACAAUACUUGGCUUUUACUUCUGGAUUUUGAAAUCUAUGACCGAAACUUUGCGCUACCUACAGGAACAAAGACAAGUCGUGAAACUUAAAAUGUACAGAAGGUUGCUGUCUACAAUUUACUUUUCAUUGUUUGUCUUGUUCGCUGGUAUCGUCGUCACAUCUUUUGUGUUUAUCGGUAUGAAUUCGAUUGAAAUGGUCGAACAGCAUUGGAGAACGAGAUUUAUUGUUGACUUCUGGCCCUCUUUAGUCUACUAUUUUGUUUUCAUCACGGUAGCAUUUAUCUGGAGGCCAACAGACACAUCCUACAUGCUCGCUUGCUCGCAGCAGUUGCCCACCGAUCCAGAAAACGUCGCAGAUUUCGACUUGGAUGAUCUUCAAUCUUUGGAGGAACCCUCAAACCACAUCGACGACGACCUCAAUUUCUCAGACGAUGAAGACCAUCAACAGGGAAGGAAUUCACCUAGACAGAACAAGUAG